AUGAAGCCCAAUAAAGGCCAAAAAAAGGCUCUUUUGCGGAGGGCAUCAGAACGUAAUUGUGAAGGAAAUGGAACUAAAUCAUCAAUAGCAGGAAAGCAAGUCAUUCUGUUGAUGAACCUUUGCAGUGCAUGGAUUUUGACAUUCCAUAAGAUUAGUUUGCGCCCUAAGGACAGAUUUCUUGAGCCUUUAAAUAUUGACUUUAAUGUUGAUUUAACAAAUUGUUCUUCACUGCUUGGUGACCGACCACACAGACAACGAAAAAUAAAAUUAGAUGAAGAACGAUGGUCACGAUCAAGUCACUUAAAGCAUGGAAAUGAUUACAAGUUACGUCAAAUGAGAUUGGAUAUUUAA